GGAAUUAGAGAUGAGGGGAAGGGGGAGUCCGUGAGGGUAAAGGGGAACUGAAGGGAGAAGUAGGGUAAGGAGGGGUUUUCCAAGGGAGGAGGGAAUCAUGGGGAGAAGAGGGUUGCCGACAGGUCGGACAAGCACAAGGAGGACACAGGCAGUUGGAACAGAAGAGAGGAACUAGCAUUAUGGCCGAUAUGGAGGCGGAAGAGCAGGAAGGAGGACAGCAUCCGCAGCAACCGACGAUUUUUUGGUCAAUAGAAGACCAAGCAAGGCAAUCGAUUGGGCAAAGCUACGAUGAGGGAGUCAUGCAGAUCAAUCCGAAUUUCAGGGAGGUCGUGAUUGAUGCAAAGGGGGAGAGGUUCAAAGUAAAUUGUUCGUUAGAGCAGAUCAAGGAGAAGUGGUUGAAGGAAAGAACUGUUAUUGUGGUUUUCCAUGACAACUCUCGAAACCUUACGAGGGGGGUCAAAGAAGACUUGAUUCGGGCGUAUGAGGAUGGAUGGAUGGCGAGGAGGCUAUUUAGCCCAGAAGUAAGAAGAGGUAGAAUCACGUUUGAAGGAGCAAACAUAAUCUCGUACGUGGCAAAGUCCCCGAAGGUAGCAGCAUGGAUGGUGCAAAAAGCAUCGACGAAUCUGAAUCUGAGAGGAGUGGACUAUCCGGUGAUGUUCAAAUCUUGGACGACGAAAGCUGACUUGAAGGAGCUCAGACUGAAGGAGGCCGAGACCAAUUUUUGGAUCGUAGCGCUUAGAGUUCCGUUAGAACCCUUUUAUUAUCUGCCAUCAACGGUGGAAGGGUUGAUUGGGGGAGUCAAAAACAUGCACCCCCCGGAAGCAGACCGCUCGCGGACGAAGUUGAUGAACGUGAAGUUUGACAUGGAUCCGCAGGCGAGGAUAAAUGUUGUCACUGCGGGUACCCUCUCCCUGAUAGGAGUACAGUGGUUCAAGCUGGACGCUGUUCGGGAACAGAAUGUGCAAGAGUUGGAAAUGAUUGCCCUCGCCCCUGGUGUGACGGUCCGGAUUCCGCUGCAUGUAAACGAGAAAUUAGCAGAUUCGGAGAACCUCCACUCCCCCUUCGUGCGUGAUUCGCUGAUAGCACCUUGGAGAUCGUCCACCAGGUUAAUGGACUCACCACAGACGGACCUAACACAGGACAGCGAGAUGUGGCAGCAGACGGAGGUGGAAUUGACAGUGCAAGAGAGAUUGAGUUUGGACAGACUGGUGACACUGGAGGAACUUGCGCAGACCUUGAAAGUGAUGGCAGCAGGGAAAUCCCCGGGGAGGAAUGGUCUUACGGUGGAAUUUUUCCACUGCUGCUGGGAAAGUUUGGGCCCACCACUGGUGGAGAUCUACAACAGGGUGUUAGUGGGGGAAAGGCUGGGAGAGGGGAUGACUCUCGGGAUCAUUUCGUUAAUGCUCAAGAAAGGGGAUAAGGUGAAUGUGAGGAAUUACCGCCCAAUAUCCCUGCUCAAUGUCGAUUACAAGAUCCUGGCUAAAACAAUGGCGAUAAGGCUGAGGAGGAUUCUCCCGAGAUUGGUGGAGCGGGAUCAGGGGGCGUUCGUGCAGGGAAGGUCAAUCUUUCUCAACAUUCUGACAGCUAUUGAGUCGGUGGAAGUGAUGCAGAUGGAGAAUAGAGACAUGACGAUUCUGCUGUUAGACUUGGAAAAGGCCUACGACAGAGUAGGCUGGUCCUUUGCACUCACGACGUUGAGGAAGAUGGGGUUUGGUGAGGGCUUCUGCAGAUGGUUGGAGGUGCCAUUGAACUGCAUCCGGAAACAUCAGGUAAUAAAGGGUCUCCCGUUAGGGGCCGGAAGGGAGUGCAGAGCGAAAGCACUAGCAGACGAUCUCUUCCUAAUUUCGGAGAAUUCUGUCUUCUCGUUGGCAGCGGUCAAAGCUGUGCUACAAGAAUAUUCUCUGGUGUCAGAGGCGCAGGUGAAUUGGAAUAAGUCAGCAUACAUCUUGCCGAAGGACUUCUCUCGGGUGGUGGAAUGGGGAAUGCACAGGGUGGAUUCGACAGAGGGGGAGCGGUUUCUAGGGGUGUUGAUUAGCCUGGAAGUGAUGUCAACGGCCCAAGGAGCAGUGAUCCAACACCGAAUUGCAGCUAAAUUGAAGGGGUGGGGCUCUGCGUGGCACCUGUCCUUGUUUGGCCGAGCACUGGUCAUUAACUCGGCGCUGUUCUCAUUGUUUUGGUUUGUAGCCAGGGUGAGGGAGAUCCCAAGGCCGGUGAUCUUAGAGAUCAAGCGGCUGGCCUCAAGGUUUCUUUGGAAACCGAGAGCAGGACAGGAGGAGGGCUUCCUGGUUAAGGUAGCAUGGGAUCUCAUAACACAGACAAGCUCAGCACCAGGGGCUUUUGGGAAGGCAUGGGUUCAGCGAGGGGUGUCUAUGGUGGGAGAUCUGUUGGAUCCACUGUUGGGCACAUGGAAUCAAGGGAGGGAGGUCUAUGAGAAACUACAGGGGCUGAGGAAUGUGGAACAGCAUCUACAAGAGAUUAGGCAGGCCAUACCGCUGCCAUGGAAGAACAUGCUGGGCCCAGAGGGACGAGACCCGACAGAUACCUGGUAUGUCCCAACGGUUCCGACAGUACCGCCUACAGUAUGGAAACUGCAGGACGUGACUGAGAGUGGUUUCAGAAAGGUGACAGAGUGGUUUGUAAGUGUUACGGACGGGAGCCUGAGGGAGGGGCAGGAACGAACGAUCCAGAUUUGGGAUAACCCGCCACAGAUACGGGUGAUACAGAGGAGGGAUGGAAGAGGGAUGGUGACCCAGACACAGUGGGUAGGACAGACGCCACUGCGGGAGCUGCGGAUUGACCCAGAAGCAUGGUCCCGGUCCGGAGGAAAAAUCACAAGGGCACACCCGCAGGCUGUGUAGAUCUCCGUACAGAUACGGAGCGUUUGUACGGCCCAUAUGGCCGUACGUACGGCCCCCUAGGCGGUCAUACGGGUCGUACGUACAGUCGUACGAGC